AUGACCAGGAUUUUGACCACAAAACAAUGGGGUGAUGACGGUGCUCCAGUUGUGCGACGAAUGCCGACAACAGGGUCCGCCAGCGCACCCCGUAAGUGUUGGCAUUUGUUAUUGCGCACAGAUAACGCCUGCCAGAGUACGAUGUGGCCCCCGUGUUGGUCCAGCGCAUCUAACACGUGGCCCGUUUGGAGGGCAAAUCUGGAAUAGAAGGCAUGCGAACACGUACCUGUCCCAAAACUGGUCCAUGCGGUAGAUGCGCUAGACCAACACGGGGCCUGCACUGGACUCUAACAGGCUUCAUCAAGAAUGCAUGCCCAUAGCAAAUGCUAACAUUUGGGCUGCGGUGACAAGCCCAGUUGCCGGCUCAGGUCGGGCCAAUGCGGAUAUCUGCCGUCCCGCAUUGUUAUUGUUUUUGGUUAAAAUCCUGGUCAAGUGUAUGUUGUGGACCCGGGGAUGUUGUAGUACGCCUAGGUGCGGAUCCGGCUGUGUCAGCCACCGACACCCUCUCCCGCCUCCAAUCUUCUUGACUAAGUUUUGACACCGGGCCCAGGCGGGGGAGGAGGGAGUGUGCUAGACGCUGCGAAAGUCGCUGUGCAGCACACGGUGGGCAUCGUCAGCUGCAACGGUUAAACUAUCGUGCGGUAACGUCACUCUCCUCCCUAUGAGCUGUGACUGUCCGUUAUCACUGCGCUGGUCACUUAAUUUGCAUCGGGGGCCCAGAUAACUAAGUCAUUCAAUUUAUAUCUCCAAGGCUUCUACUGGAAAACAGUCUCGUCCACCCACAAUUGCGUCUACAUGCAGAUACCCGACAGAUUUCAUCUCGAACGCAGCCGUUUAUACGCCCACAUCGCCAGUUCGGCCGUCGUUACUGAGGACGCCCACCUCGUGAUGGGUGCUAAACGGCGACUUGCACUGUGUCUAACGCACUAUCUCGUCCCUCACCCUCUUGGGCCCGAUGUCAAGACAGAGGCAAGAAGACCGGAGGUGGGAUCGGGCGCAGACGGCUGGCGCGGCACGAACCUGUUUCACUCUUUUGCGUACGACUUAACACGGCUUGGCAUAGCCAGCGGCCACUCCCCCCCCCCCCGAGGCAGUAAGUCGGGGUUCUGUGUACAACUAGGACCCUCUUUCCGUUGUCUUCUAUCUUCUCCAGCAAACCGAGAUCUCACGUGAUUAUUGCGGCUUUCGUGGUACACCGAAUACUAGAAGUUGCACUUGUUUUGCCGUACCAACGCUGUCGGAAAUGUCAAUAGAAAGAUCAGUCAAAGAGAAUAAACCCCUCCAGAGGUUCAGCCACCCGCUGUCGCGGUGAUGACUGGGAACGCACACAGAUGCCAAGCCGGCCAAGCAUCCACCAAAAAGUCGGGGUAACUAGAGAAACAAAUCGAUCAAGACAAGGGCGACCAGCGCGACAAGCCCUCUGAAGCACCGUCACUUUGGUAAAUCUGUUCAAGUUGGCCCUUCCUCUAUCUCAGUAAACUACUACUACUACUACUACUACUACUACUACUACUACUACUACUACUACUACUACUACUACUACUACUACGACUACUACUACUACUACUACUACUUCUACUACUACUACUACUACUACUACUACUACUACGACUACUACUACUACGACGACUACUACUACUACUACUUCUACUACUACUACUACUACUACUACUACUACUACUACCACUAA